GGGCAGAGACGCACUGGUGCAAAAUGCGGAACCGCUUCAGGCCUUCGUAUCCAACAAGCCUUCCACACACGUCGCCUCUCCUCCUUGUCCUUUCUCCUCCUCCUCCUGUCCCGCUCAUCUAUCCCCCACUCUCACCAUGCCCACAUGCAGGCGCAAGCGCGUCCUGCUCACCCAGCCCUCUCAGACCCUUCUCGAUGCUCUACAGGCGGGAACCAAUAAAGAGGUUUAUUACCUCGCCCAAACUGGGGAGAUCUUCGAGACAUACGAAGCCUAUGCUGCUCGGAUGUCAUUCUAUAGGAUGAAACAGUUCCAAUGCGAGGUCACUGGAAAGAGCGGACUCGACUAUUUUGAGGCCCUCGAAAGUGAACAGCAUGAAGCUCGGACUAUGCAUUCUAGGUUCCCAGAACCUCUCAAGGCUGCAGUACUCAAGGCCGUUCAGUGGCAGAUAAUGGGUCGCCUAGACCAUCUCGUAGAAGCCGUGUAUGAGAGGUUCAAAGACAGAUACUAUCCUGACGAAAGAGUGAUCAUAGAUGUACAGGGAGACAAAUACUUCGCUCGAGUGGUUCAGGUCUUCCCUCCCCGACCUCCGCUACCUAUCCAGUCCACGUCCAGGUUAGGCUCCGAAGAACAAGCUUCGACGUCGUCCUCGCCGCUUUCGGAUGAGGAACCCUCCAUUCAUCGAAUCGCAGAGGACAUGAAGAUCCCUGUGAAGGAGGCGAAUAUUAGGGACGAUCCUGCCAAAUAUUACUACAAGGUGCAGAUCCUGGAAGAGGAAAGGCAGCCCGGCGCAGGUAAACAAAGCGAGAAGAGCAAGGGGAAGGACAAGCAGUCGAAAUACAGCGGCAGUCUUAUGGACGUGCAGUGUGCUGACAUGAGCCGAGACCGUCUUGCAUUCUCCAAGUCUAUCCUUCGACGUUUCAUUCGUGAUUGUGUCGAUCGCGAUGCCGCUGUUGCAUCUCCGUGGACCGUCAAACCAGGCAUUGCCGCGCGGUAUGGCGUUGACACCGUCAUGCCUGAUGAGACUCGAAGAGACAUGGAGACACUCAAGAAGGGUGAAAGCGACAAGAGGAAGAAGGUCUGGGAAGAUAAAGAAGGUCCUCAUAAGCGACAAAAGAAACUCUCUGCGGCUGAGGAGCUGAAAGCAAAAGCAACGGCAGAGCGCAAAGAGCAGGAGGCUCGUGAUAAGGAAACCAAGGCACAGAAGGCGAAGGAAGAGGCUGAACGUCUCGCUGUGGAAAAGAAAAAGAAGAAACCCAUCAGGUAUCCCACCGAGGAUCUAGAUGUUGUCCUGGGAGACAGAGACAAGAAAAAUGGCAUGAAGGUCAAACGACCUGUUCCAAGUCGAUCCGCUAUGCCCUUCGGCACCGACAACGCCACAAACGAGGCAUUCCUUAUGGUUUGGAAUUUCCUGAACGUUUACGGACAACCUUUACAUAUAUCAUGUUUCACAAUGGAUGAUUUCGAGGCCGCAAUACGACACUCCGCGCCGGAGCCCUGUCCUUUAAUUGCAGAGAUCCAUUCGACGCUUAUAUACAACCUUCGAACAGUACCAUUCACCCGCUUUAACGCACUCAUCUCUCUCGCUCAUUUGAAGCAGAAAGUUGGACCGAAUGAUGCCGUUCUUGGUGUGUCGCUUGAAACACUGGAAGAAGGACUUGGCGAUAUCGGAAACAACUGGGAACGUGCUCCACUUCGGCAUAUAGAGGGCAGGGAUGGUUGGGAAGAAUCUCUUGUUGGCUGUUUGAAGGAUCAUGCGACACUUGAGAACUUCCCUCGUCUCCGAGAGGUCCUUACUCGCCUUAACUGGGCAAUCGAAGACGAUGAAGCAACAAGUUCGUCUCGUGGUAAACCAAGUCCUCAUGCAAUUACCUCUAUUACACCAUCGUCGCCGCGUGUUCAGUACCCGGUUCUGCCGACUUCAGACAAGGUUACAAUAUUGGCUUUCAUGUGUAGUAUGGCCGUUUCGAGCAAAUCUAUCCAUGCGCAUAUGGAAGUUUGCGAAGAACAGUUGACUGCGCUAAGGAAGGAAAAGAUCGAAGUAAACAGAACCAAGAAGCAAUACCUAGAGGAGAUGGUGGCUAUAAUGGGAGAGUCCAAGGAAGGAACACCGAAGACUAAUGGAGCGGAGGAAGAUACUGCGCUUCAGGAGUCCAGCGACCUUUCUGAUAUCCCUGGCUCGGAGGGCGAAACCGAAACAGGCUCUGCCACCCCAAGUGGUCGUCCUAAGCUUUCUCGUCGUAAGACGCAAGCUACUGAGCGUCAGCUUGCUCGCGCUAGACAAGCGAACGAGAAGCAGAAACUUGCGGAACAUCGUCGCCUCGACGAGGAAGUCAAUAAGCUCGAACGCCGACUGGAGGGUAUCGAGCGAGAUUUCAGGAAAUUGCUUGGUGCUAUUCGGGUCAAGCCUUUGGGAAGAGAUCGCUUCUAUAAUCGCAUUUGGUGGUUCGAUGGCAUGGGUUCUGCUUCUCUCAUUGGAAGCGGGGGUGCUAUUCAGUAUGGUUCCGGGCGGAUCUUCGUGCAGGGCCCUAGCGAGUUUGAUAACGAAGUGUUAGAACGAAGGGAUGGAGAUGUCAAGGCUCGUCGUCUUGAGGAGGAGGGUGAGGAGGGAAUGUUGGGUGUCGGCGAGUGGGCCGUUUAUGACACUAUCGAAUCGAUGGAUGCGUUCGUCGCUUGGUUGAACCCGAAAGGUGUUCGAGAGCUGGCCUUGAAGAACACCCUCACAAAAUGGUGGCCGCAUAUCGGACCAGGUAUGCGCCGCCGUACUGCGGAUUUGACAAGUACCGCAAGGGCACCCGAAGCUCGUCGAAGUACACGGACGAAGCAGACAGGUUCUGACCUGUCAAGAGAGCCAUACAUGCAAUGGACCAAUCGUCGAGCUGUGAACUCAUCAUAGGGAUACUCAUGCACUAGUUGGGAUGUUGGUCCUGCAUAUUUCACCUUCCAAUUUGAUUUCUUCUCCGUUAUUAACAUUACCUUACAUAUUUUUUUUAUCACGCAUGUUUGCACUAUCCUACCCAUAGAUGUCGUACGUAGUCAUACCUCUUUUCUUGUUUUGUUAUCGUUGGCACUGUAAUUGCAUUUCACUUUCUGGUCAACUUGCUUCAGGACUUCCCCGAUCGCAACGCCUCCCGCGUCCUGAUUCUCACCACCGUCCAUCCGAGCAUACAAUUCAGUCUUCUAC